AUAGGCUACUGCGUACGAUGGACAAAGAAUAUGAUCAGGAUGAUAUAAAGAAGAAAUUCAACAAGUUUUUGAAAAGUACUCUGCAGUUUGUUUUAUCAGUUUCUGUAUUUUCUUUCUUUGUAUGGUACUCUUCUGGCUUCUCCAUACUCCCUCAGUGUUUCAAUGCAUACUUCUCCUCGUGUCUUUUCUCCAUGCUUACUCGCACUCUUGAAAGGAAAUACAUGUUUCUCAUCUGUAACGCCAUCCUUGCUCUUCUAGCCAUGUCACCUCAUUUUGACUUACGGGUUUCUGAAGAACCACUUGGUGCUUUUCGCUUGCUAGAGAAUGCUCCUCUUAUGGUUGAAGAAGAAGCAAAAAGGCAUGAAGAAUAUCCUGAUCAACAUAUAUCACAAGCUGAAGAAAACGAAGGAAGACUAGUUAGUAAAGUUUCUAAUGCAGAAGAAGAAGGAGCAGGAGGAGGCACAGGAAGUAGUACUGGAGUUAUUGUAGCACAAGAUGAUGAUGAAUUAGUAGCAGAAACAGCAAUGGAAAUGGAAACAAACGAAGAACUGGCAAAUACAGAUGAACUCAACAGAAAGAUUGAAGAAUUCAUAAGGAAAAUGAAGGAGGAGAUGAGGAUUGAGGCACAAAAACAACCAAUUGCAGUCUAGUACAUGCAUGAUUACGCAUCUGCAUGUUAUGUUGUAAAACACGAGGAAUAACUAAUUAGUGCUUUAGUCUUACUUUUAAAAUGACAAAGCCUUAUGGUGUGGUCCUUUUUUAAUCAUUUUUAUUUGUAUGUUAGCACGUACAUCUUUUUCCUCCUAGUUUCUUUCUUUUUCAAUCUGUUAAGCUCUAUCAUGCUGCUUUCGUUUUUUUGUUUAAAUUAUAUUGUAUUCCCUUCUCUUCUUGCCUUCUAGCUUUAUUACCCCUUAGCUACUUUUUAUUAAUUUUUAUAUUCACUACC